AUGGCCCAGCAGCGCAUAUCAACAUUUGCCCUGCUUCAGCUGGAGCCUAUCCCCUUCAUGCGGCGGUGUCCGACUGUUAUCUGUAUGUGCCUCUUCACUAUUUCAGCAAUCACGUGGUCACACAGAAGCACGCGCGGCAAGGCUCCCUCAGGCUAUCCAGCACCAGGACUCUUCGACGAUGUCGAUCUUCAAAUAUUGGACAACAUCUUAUGGAGCUACGACCGACGUAUCACCCCUGGUCAUCAUUUAAACGUCCCCACAGUUGUAAAGUGCGAGAUUUACCUAAGGAGCUUUGGCGCUGUAAAUCCAGCAACAAUGGACUAUGACGUAGACCUCUACCUACGUCAGACGUGGACGGACUUGCGUAUGAAGAACGCCAACUUAACCCGUUCUCUAGACUUGAACGACCCGAACCUCCUCAAGAAGGUGUGGAAACCUGACGUCUACUUUCCGAAUGCCAAGCAUGGGGAGUUCCAGUUCGUCACUGUUCCCAACGUUCUCUUGAGGAUUUACCCCAGCGGUGACAUACUCUACAUGUUGAGGCUAAAGCUGACGUUUUCGUGCAUGAUGAACAUGGAGCGGUACCCGCUGGACCGACAAGUCUGCAGCAUUGAGCUGGCCUCGUUUUCCAAGACGACCAAAGAAGUGGAGCUCCAGUGGGGGAAUGCCGAGGCUGUCACCAUGUACAGUGGUCUAAAGAUGGCUCAAUUUGAACUGCAACAGAUCAGUUUGACAAAAUGCAGCGGUGCAUUUCAGAUAGGCGAGUACAGCUGUCUGCGCGCUGAACUCAACCUCAAGCGAUCCAUUGGUCACCACCUGGUGCAGUCCUACCUGCCAUCCACACUCAUCGUGGUGGUAUCGUGGGUGUCCUUCUGGCUCGACGUGGACGCCAUACCAGCGCGCAUCACUCUGGGCGUCACCACGCUACUCACCAUUUCGUCCGAGAGCUCCGACCACCAGGCCAACCUGGCGCCGGUGUCGUACGUGAAGGCGCUCGACGUAUGGAUGGGCACGUGCACCAUGUUUGUGUUUGCCGCGGUGCUCGAGUUCACGUUCGUAUCUUACCUCGCACGCAGAAAGCACAUUGUUCCCGCCUCCAUGGGGGACGUCGAGGCGUCCCAAGAUCUCGUCCUUGUCGUGGGAAACAGUGAGAAAACUAGAGCUACGUCGCCGUCCAUCCCGACCUCCACCCACGUGAUCUUGGCUUACAGACACCGUGCAAAGCAGAUCGACCAAGUGAGCCGGGUAGCCUUCCCAAUUGGCUUUUGCCUCUUCAACGCACUCUACUGGCCCUAUUACAUGCUCUAGCCGGCUGUGGUCUCGCUUCUGUUGUUGCUGCUGCCAACGUGAAGUCGUAGGCUGGAAAGAAACGACUGGCUGGAUCCCGCCGGGAAAUGGUCGACUGCUGAGCUUUGAAAGGACUGCCAUCACCGACUCACGUUCCUGAGAAAGAGGAAGCUAGCACUCUUUGUUCAGCCGCAAUCUCUUUCUUUUGUUUGACCAUCACUGCUAUUGCUCUUUGUCUUGAGUACAACCGAUGCGCUGUCAACAGAGCUUCCUUGUCUCGAUCCGGUGGUGACACAUUGGCCUGCCGCUUGACAUUGUAGCACGGCCUUUCCGGGCGGGUAUGUUGCACGACCCAACAACCGUCUUUAUGGCCAGAACUUCCAUGGUUAUAAAUUUAUAGGCAAAUAUUUGUAAAUAACAACUAUUUUACCCAUCGAAAUCAUGGUUGUACUUAGGGUAAUAAUAAAUUUAGCUUGGACAUUUCUUGAAUAAGAGACCAAAUACUGCACAUCUUCCACCAUAACGUAGUCGACAUGUGAGCAUAUUUGUUUUCAUUCAACGCUACGCCAACUUCGCAAAAGUGUCAUUCACGUUUACAGUAUCAAGCAUUCUCCUUGAGAAUAUUAUGAAACGGUGCUGGUAUAAACCCCGGGCCCGUAAUGCUAGCUUUUGUUAACUACCUAAUUAGUUUUUGUCAGUGCAUGUUCUUCAUGUGAUAUUCAAUGCUACGUAAAGUUGUACAUACAGUCCACACUGAGAGUCCAUCUUAUCUUUUUAAAAAUGUAAGCAGUAUGAAUCAAUAGAACACAGUGCGGGCCAGUGACGUCAUCGAAGUCAAUCAAUGUGUGGCUAAGAGUUUUCAUCUUGCUUAUAUUCUUAAGUUUGCAAAGUAAACUUAUCAUGUUUAUGUGGUUUUCUGUUUAGGUGUGUAAGGGUUUACACUCUUUUAAUCCGUAACUGACUGCAAUGACCUAAUUACUUUAAAUCAAAGAAACCCACUGCAGCGAAUAAAAAUCGCUAACCACUCAAGGUGAUUUUUUUUCGGAGUCUUUGCUGCAAUGAACUCUUUUCAUGCCAAACGAUUGGUGAGCUCUGACUUAUUCUGCCUGGGUGAAUUGGUCCACACACUUCAUCCGGCCGCAUGCUCAGUCCAGUCUCCAGAAAGUCAGAGAGUAAUACGACUGCCGCAUUUGGUGAAGCACUGUACCGAAGGCAGUGAACAUUUGCUUCAUGGCCUGAAUAUGUUCGGAUGCUACAUUGGUUUGCCAGGGCUCUUCAAGACAUUUCGUAUGCAGACUACUUAACGGCAGUGAUUAGAAGACUAAGCUGCAUAUUCAGCGCUUCAUGGGUUUCUGUUUUCAUUGCCGUGUCGCCACCUAAUGACUUUCGCACCUUCCUUCAGGAAAAUUGUAAUCCCAACCAAUGCAUGAAAGACGAGCGCCAAGUACUUUGAUGAAUAUAAAAUGCUCACAUUACAUGUAAUCAUC